AUGGCUGCCGUUGCAGACGGGCGAUUGGUGCCCGAAAUUCACGAGCCGAUCGAGGCGGAUCAAAGUGCCCCAGUCGUCGGGGAAGGCGGGCGAGCGUCGGAGUUGAAAGAGGUGAAUAUGGGCGACGGCGCGGAGCAGGCGGAGGGCGACGAAGACAUAGACGAGGCGGCGGAGGGGGAGGAGGAAGAAGAGGUCGACGCGGAAGAGGGAGACGCGGAAGAGCAGGACGAGGAAGGUUCAGACGACGAAGAGGAGGAGGAGGAUGAGGAGGAUGAGGAAAGGGACGAGGAGGCGGAAGAGGGCGGUGCGCAGGGCAGCGGCGGUAUGUCGAGCGCGCAGCUAGCGGCAGCGGUGGAGCCGUCAGACUAUUCGUUCGACGAGGGUAACAUGCUCGUCAACGACUCGCGCCCGGUUUCGCACCCCUUCGUCGGCCCGCACCUCGAGCAGGCGGAGCAGCACGUGCUGGAGAUGGCGCAGCAGGCGGUGCAGGCGCUGGCGGCGCGCCUGUUCGCGCUGCCCGCCACGCCGCACAAGAUGGGGCGCCUCGUCGACCUGCCGCCGCCCAUCACUCCGCUGCCCCGAGAAAAGCCGCCCCCGCGUGCCCAGGGGCUAACUAAGUGGGAGCGAUUCGCGCGGGAGAAAGGCAUACAGAAGCGCAAGAGGAGCAAGUUCGUGUUUGAAGAGGCGUCGGGCGAGUGGAAGCCGCGGUACGGUUACAAGCGCGCCAAUGACAUCAAGGACAUCCCCAUCCUCGAAGCCAAGUCCUCCGAUGUGCCGGGAGAGGAUCCCUUUGCAAAGCUCAAGGCGGACAAGAAGGCGAGGGUCAAGGCCAACGAGCGCCAGCGCCUCGGCAAUCUCAAGGCGUCCGCCAAGCAGCUGCGCCCAGACGCGCUCAGCCACCUGGCGGUGUCAUCAGCAUCGCUACCGCUAUCAGGCAGGGGGCCAGCAGCACCAAAGGCAAGCAAGGCAGCGGUGGGGGCGGUGGCGUCGCUGGCAGCGGGCAGCACGGCCAGUGGGGGCAAGUUUGACCGGCGCCUGGAGGGGGAGAAGCGAGCCAAGAAAGUCGGCAAGCACAGAAAGUUCCUGCCAGUGGCAGCGCGGGGAGCGGAGGGGGAGAGGGAGGGCAAGAUGAUAUCGUCAGUGGUGGACAGGGUGGUGAGCCGGCACGCUACAGACAUCAUGGAUGUCAACAAGGCGGUGACAGUGCUGCAGGUGGGCGAGGAGAGGAAGCGGAGGGCAGCCAAGUGGAACGCUGCAGCAGCAGACAAGGGCAAGGGUGGCAAGGGCGGUAAGGGCAAGGGCGGAGGGGAUUUUGGAGGGGCGGGCAAGGGCAAGAGGAAGGCUGGGGGUGACGACAUGCGGAAAAAGAAGGCCAAGAAGUGA